GAGAAGGGCAGUUAGUAAGGAGAGAACGCGUAGUUUGUUGGCACUUAACCAAAGUAAAACAAACUACAAACAAAUUUUUACCACUCUUUAGUCAUUUAGACAUCAAUUUAGCAUUUGAAACAAGACAAAAAGACACUGGUUACUCGAGGGAAAAAAAAAAGCUGAAGUCUCACAUCAGAGUCAAGCUGCCUCUAAAGAGGGCACUGCGCCAGGCUAUGUGCCAUCGAAAGCCAGUGACCAAGAAAAAAUCGGAAAAGAUUGUAAAAAGGUAGACGACCGAGGGGGUACACUGUGCAGAGACAGAGAGGCACGAGUUACCAAAUCCCUAAGCGAGGAAGAAGCAUCCUUUGUUACCUCCAUAUUAUGUGAGAGCGCACUAAUUGAUGCUUGACGCUGAGAAAAUGUGCGGAAGGGGUAUGAUAUGCCACUGGGAGAUCUACGGGGACAGACACUCCGUAAAGGAAACGGAAAGAGGGAAGAAUGAGUCGAGGAGAAGCAACGGGAGCGGCAAACACAGGUGGCACAAGUGGGGAAGAAGGCCAGCAAGAAGAGCGCACUGUCCAGAAAUGCGCAAAAAGCGCGCAAGACUGUCGCCCGUGCCGACCGCGAUCGUUUCGUUGCGUCCCGUCAACGUCCAGGGCAACCGAGCGCCUGGCAUGAGGGCACCGAGGAACACCAACCAAUUCCUUAUGCAUGAAAAAUACCAGAUGAUGCAUAUGCGAUCGGACUCGGUGGGCACUGACAGCGGGUCCGACUGCGAAAUGGAUUUCGUGGACAUGGACUCGUACCUGGGUGUGCUCGAGAACGCUAGAGGCGCACUCUUGGACAGUCCGGAAUUGCCGCCCACAUUUUACGCACGACAGCUGAACCCAUGCCAGUCAUUUUCAUUCUUCAACUUCGAUCAAGAAGAAAGCAUGCAGUAUUUUCCAUCCGAAGACGACAUGAUGCAAAGCGAAGAUUUCAUGCAAAGGGACUUUAAUCAGUUUUGUGACACAGUGGCACCUUGUAUUUAAACACCUGCCACUAGGUAACAUGUUUACAUCAUAAAUGUGAUAAUGAACUGGUUGUGACUUUCAGAACAAAAUCUGUUCAGUUGCAAUGUUAAGACAUUUCUUUGUUUAUUCUGUAUAAUAUUCUGAUCUCUUGUGACGAGCAUAACUAUGUGACAGUUUUUCAUAAUAAAUCAGCACUUUUCUA